AUGCUGAAGCCUGGAAUCAUCGCCGAGUCUGCCUCUUUCGCCCCUCACCAACCUCGAUGGCGCGAGGGAGCCUCGCGAUGGCUCUAUCUCGUCUUUCUCGCGCUCUGUACUGGGUACUUGCUUAUUGAUAACUGGACCUGGAGGCUUCCCACAUCGGCGGUCGGCAAGUGCUCGAACACGCAAGGAAGUGACCGUACUCGCGUGCCCUCUGGCACACGCAACCCGGCCUACCUUAUACGCGCUACACAUGGAGCGGUAGCGAGCGAGAACGAGAUAUGCUCAAAGAUCGGCGUGAACGUGCUCAAGGAAGGAGGGAAUGCGGUGGACGCAAUGGUUAGCACGACACUAUGCAUCGGCGUUGCGAACAUGUUCUCUUCGGGCAUCGGUGGAGGAGGAUUCAUGACCGUCCGCAUCCCACCUGCGACGCCUAACGCAUCGUCUGAGGUCUUCUCGAUUGACUUCCGCGAAACCGCCCCGGCGUUGAGUAACAAGACGAUGUAUGUUGACAACCCCCUCGCUUCACGCUGGGGUGGGCUCGCAAUCGGUGUGCCGGGAGAGCUGCGCGGGCUCGAGGAGGCGCACAGACGGUGGGGCUCCUUGCCGUGGAGGACGCUUGUCAAGCCCGCAGCUGAUCUGGCAGAGGGUUGGGCUGUCCCGAAAGAGCUGGGGCGUAGGCUACAGUGGUUUUCUGACCUGAUGCUCAACGAGCCUGACUGGCGAGCCAUCUUCGCUCCAGAAGGUCGCCUUCUCCGAGAGGGCGACAUCAUUCGUCGGACGAACCUGUCCCGCACGCUCCGAACCAUCGCCGAUGAGGGUGCCGACGCGUUUUACAAAGGACAUAUCGCGGAUGCCAUCGUAAACAAAGUCCGGGCGACCGGAGGGAUACUCGUGCGCGAAGAUCUCGAAGGCUACAAGGUCCGGGUCUCGCGAGCGUUACAGGGCACCUACCGCGGACGCAGGAUCUACACGCCUCACGCGCCUACGUCUGGUCCGGUCCUGCAGCACAUGCUCAAUUUGAUGGAGCACUACGACGAGCUCGUCGAGGACGGCCGGACGACAGUCAACGUCCACCGGCUUGUCGAGGCUAUGAAGUUCGGUUUUGCAGCUCGUACGUGGAUUGGCGAUCCUACCUUCCAUGACAAUGUCACGCGCAUCUCCGAGAUACCCACGAAGGAGUAUAGUGAUCAGGUCUUCCCGAACAUCACAGACGAUACUACGCAUACGCCUGAGUAUUACCAUCCUGUAUAUGACGUAGUCGUCGAUCACGGCACCAGCCAUUCAUCUAUCGUUGACAAGGAUGGUAUGGCAGUCGCUCUAACCACCACUGUGAACCUCGUUUUCGGCUCGGCAGUUAUGGAUCCCGUUACUGGCGUUAUCCUCAACGACGAGAUGGAUGACUUCUCGACGCCCGGUAGACCUAAUGCCUUUGGCCUCCAACCUUCGCCAUAUAAUUACCCCGAACCGGGGAAGCGCCCCCUUUCCUCCACGGUCCCCACGAUCAUGGAAUACGACGACGGAUCGUUCUACCUGGCCAUCGGAGGCUCGGGUGGCUCGCGCAUCUUCCCCGCCGUCUUCCAGGUGCUGCUCAACCUCGAUUGGGGCAUGGACGUCAGCGCGGCGAUCGAGCACGGGCGUUUGCAGGACCAGCUGUUCCCCACGGAGGUCGACGCGGAUGAUACGUUACCGCCCGAGCUGUUGGCGGGUCUUCGCGCGAAGGGGCACAACGUCACCGUGUCGGACACGAACCGGGUUGCGUCUGUGGUCCAGGCUGUCGUCAACCGGGAUGGCACUAUCUGGGCUGCCAGCGAUUCGAGGAAGAAUGGGAUCGCAGCGGGGUAUUGA